AUGAAAACUACAGAAAUCACAGGCGAUCUCUUUGAUGCCCCUGAUGGCGCUGUCCUCAUUCAUGCGUGUAACUGCCUAGGCUCCUGGGGCGGCGGAAUAGCAAGAGUUUUCAAACACAAGUACCCCUCCGCCUACAAAUUCUACUACAACCACUGCAGAGCCCUCCUCAGAGAGAAACGUCCACACACCCUGCUCAACUCUCAAACCAAUGACCCAAAAAUCGUCAAUCUCCCUCUGGGCACAGCACUAAUCAUCCCACCCCAAGCUCAGGAUUAUUCUAUUCGACAAAAUAAGAAACACUGGAUCGUUUGCCUGUUCACAUCGCGCGCCUACGGUCGUGGGGUUAGUAAACCGGACGUCAUUCUAGAGAAUUCCGUGCAUGCGAUUCGAGAUAUGCGCAGACAGCUUGAGGAGUUGUUUGAGCAUGAAGAUGGGAUGGAGCAGUGGGACGGCAAGGUUUACUCGUGUCGAUUUAAUUCGGGACUGUUCGGUGUGGAGUGGAAGGCUUCGAGGAAGAUUCUCGAGACAGAGUUGGAUGGGAUGGUAGGUGUUGAGGAGGUGGUUGUUGUGCGGCCGAAGGAAGAGAUAGAAUGAGCUGAGCUGAUAAGGUCACGUGGAUUGUUUGUCAGAUUGAUGACAUAAUAAUCAUCUUAUCUUAUCGAUAAGGUGGUAUGACUGUAUCCCACGCAGCAGGUACCAAUACAGUACUCCGAAUGAAGUAUUUUCUU